AUGUAUACUACAAUCUCAGAGAGCGAUAUCCAGAUCUCUCCUAUCCUCCUUCAACGCGCUCGCGCUAUUGCCGCUGAACACAAGCAGCUGUCUGCUGCAAACGCCGACAAUUAUGAUGUCUCUGUUGCAAAGAAAAUCGGCGAAUUGAGCACGGUCUCGACGGCGUUGAGAGAGUGGGAGGAUGCGCAGAAUUCUUUAAAGGAACUCAACGGUCUUCUCAACGAUCCAUCAUCGGAUUCUGAAAUUCGGAACCUUGCGCAUUCAGACAUUGAAUCUACGAUCGCAACGCUACCAGCACUCGUUUCAAGCCUGAAAACCUCUCUCAUUCCUCCUCAUCCGUUUGCCAAUAUGCCUUGUAUGAUUGAAUUGCAUCCAGGGGCAGGUGGCAGCGAAGCAUCCCUCUUCGCACACACGCUUCUUAACAUGUAUAUCGACUUCUGUUCUCGCAUGAAAUGGCCAACCAACCUCGCCUCAUACACUCGUGAUGACUCGGUUUCCGACAGCGCUCUUACUGACGCCCUGCUUGAAGUAAACCAUCCAGGAAGCUAUGACAUCCUGCGUGCCGAAGCUGGGGUUCAUCGUGUACAGCGUGUUCCCGCAACGGAGAAGAAAGGACGAACUCAUACCUCCGCAGUCUCGGUUCUCAUUCUCCCCAACCUACCAGAAUCUGGUGCCGAAUCAGAGCUCGACUAUGAGGACCCUAAUUCAGACUACUAUAUUGCACCAUCAGAUGUUCGAUCCGAGACUAUGCGUGCGCGCGGUGCGGGCGGGCAGCAUGUCAACAAGACGGACUCCGCAGUUCGGCUCACACACAUCCCUACUGGGAUCGUCAUCUCAAUGCAAGAUUCUCGUUCACAGCACAAGAAUCGUGAAAAGGCCUGGCAACUGCUCCGCUCCAAACUUGCUCAAAUGAGACGAGAACAGCGGGAAGCGGAGGUCAUUAACCUACGUCGAAGUGUCAUGGGCGGAGUAGCCAAGACAGGGCGAGAGGAUAAAAUCCGUACGUAUAAUUACUCCCAGAGCCGGGUGACAGAUCAUCGCAGUGGGAAGGAGUCUUCAGAUCUGGACGGUGUGCUUGCAGGAGACGAGGCCCUGGAAGAAAUCAUGGAGAGCGCCAGGGAAUGGAUGAGCGAGAACGAAGUCAAGGGGCUACUAGCAGAAGAGGAGUUGAAAGCUAAGGCCAAUCGCAAUGGGAAAGGAUGA